UCAAAUUGGGGAUAGAGCACAGCGUUGCCCUGCAAGUCUGCAACUAUCAAACAACCCUAUUUUCCGAUUAACCGGAGAACCACCAGAAAAACACCACCAUGAAACCACCACACAUAGCAGCAGCAACUGUAAACCUACCGACGACAUUCACACCCUCACCACAACCAACUCGAACCUCACUCCAUUAUCCUCUCCACUCAACACCCACACGAAUAACCCUAACAAAUUCAAUUAGGGUUCCAUUCAUCUCCUACUGCAUAAACUCAACUACCACCGAUUCUUCAACAAUUUCACCACCACAAGACGAAUCUUCGCCAAACAACCUGCUGCCGCCGGUGAAGAAGAAGCGGAAGGCGUACCGGCGGCUCCGGCCAGGGGAAGCGCAAGGGAUUACUGAAGAAAUGAGAUUUGUUGCGAUGAAAUUACGUGAAAAGAAGCUGAAACUUGAGACUGAUAAAUUGGAUGAGAGAGAAGGUGACGGUUCCAAUGACGAUGAUCGGACGUGGGAGCCGGAAUUGGAUGGGUUUUUGAGGUAUUUGGUUGAUAGUGAGUUUGUUUUUAGGACGGUUGAGCGGAUGGUUGAUGAAUCUCAAGAUGUUUCUUUUGCAUACUUUAGAAACAGUGGAUUAGAAAGAUCUGAAAGCUUUGCAAAGGAUAUAGAAUGGCUUGGCCAACAAGAUGUAACCGUACCUGAACCUCUGUUUACAAGCAAGAAGUAUGUCAAGUAUUUGGAAGAACUUGCAGCCCAAAGUCCCCCUUUGUUCUUCUGUCAUCUCUACAAUAUUUACUUCUCACACAUUGCAGGCGGUCAAGUGAUUGCAAGAAAGGUUUCUGAAAAGUUGCUAGAGGGCAAAGAGCUCGCGAUUUGCCAAUGGCCCGGGGACCCUGAAGAGUUGCUAAAGGGCAUGCGAGAUAAACUUAACGCGUUGGCACAGCAUUGGUCGAGAGAUGAGAAGAACAAAUGCUUAAAAGAAACAAACAAGUGUUUCAUGUAUAUGGGAACGCUAAUUCGUCUAAUUAUCAUGCGGUGAACCGAAAAGUUAAUCACAAUGUAUUGCUUCUAAAGUUUUGUAAUGAACUGUCAUUUGCAUGAGUAUGAUAUAACUUCUAUUA